GAACGAUCAUCCUGUGGGCCUGUCGAUCAACACUGAGCCUACUCAGCGCUGAAACUUGCGCAGAAAAGAGCAAAAACUUCCAGGGGAGCUGCCAUUGUCUCCAGUCUAUAUUAUGCGAGCCAUUGCCCCCUGAAAUACUGCCUAGGAUACCCUCCAUAGAUCUGAACUUAAUUGAAUCGCAUACUAUUUCUAUUCCUUGCAAUAAUGAGUGCAACAUCGGAACCCCCUGUCCCCGCUACGUCAGCCCGCAGCGGUGAGGCAGUCGACUCACAGACAAGCGUGCCAUCGGCAAUUGCUGAAAAUUCCAGUGACACUGUCGAGCAGAUUCAGCCUGCAACCAAUGGCAAGGAUAUUGAACUGGAGCUCCCAUCCUCAGCGGCUGAUGGGCUCAUUCAGAAGCCCUUCCCUCGUCCUCUCGACUCGGCCAAGCCUACUCCGUCUGCUGAGCUCACCCCCGACCAACAGGAAAAAUACGAUUCUGUUCUUAAGGCCGUUUCCGCUUGGACAACAGUACCGACAACGUCUGCGAAGAACGCCCCGACAGAACCCCUCACUGACAAUGAGCGCAUGUUCUUGACCCGGGAAUGUUUGCUUCGAUACUUGCGGGCGACGAAAUGGAACGUGUCCGAAGCAAUUGCACGACUUGAGCGUACUCUGACGUGGCGUCGUGAAUACGGCGUGGAAAAGCUGACUGAGGAUUUUAUCUCAGUUGAGAAUGAGACGGGAAAGCAGGUCAUCCUUGGAUAUGACAUCCAUGCGCGUCCUUGUCUCUACCUUCUGCCGUCGAAUCAAAACACUGAGAAGAGCGACCGCCAGAUUCAACAUUUGGUUUUCAUGUUGGAGCGGUUGAUUGAUCUGAUGGGGCCGGAUCAGGAGACUUUGGCGCUGAUUGUCAACUACAACGAAACGAAGUCGGGCCAGAAUGCGAGCGUCGGCCAGGCCAAACAGACCCUCAACUUUCUCCAAAAUCACUAUCCCGAGAGACUGGGUCGAGCGUUGGUCAUCAACAUGCCCUUCAUGAUCAUGGGAUUCUUCAAGUUGAUCACCCCGUUCAUUGAUCCUUUGACCCGGCAGAAGCUCAAGUUCAAUGAGGAUCUGCGUCAACAUGUCCCUGCAGCUCAGCUGAUGAAAUCUAUGGGGGGUGAUGUCGAGUUCAGAUACGACCAUGCGACCUACUGGCCAACUCUGAACCAACUUGCUGACCAAAGGAGGGCUGCGUACCGCGAGCGGUGGGUCCAAGGUGGAAAGCGCAUUGGAGAGUACGAGAACUAUCUGAAGACGGGGACCAGUCCCAGUCUGGCGCAGAGAGAGACCUCAAAUGGCGCUCCAUCGGAGUAACCACCUGCGUAUCGACAAUCCGAUAUUCGCAGCCACUCUCAACAUCAUGCCAUUUUGCCAUCUUACCUGGGCUUCAAUUGCAUACUAAUGUUCACUGCCCCUGCAUCUUCUGCAUAAUACUUCCUAACAUAUUGUUGAGCUCAUCUUAUACAUAUACAUCUAGACCGCAUA